AUGACAGUGAAACUGGGAGAGAGCAGUGGGGAGGAAGGGGUGAAAAAGCUGGGCAAGAGAGCAGGAGGAGAUGAGGAGUCCCUGGAAGAAGAAGGGGCAGGAGGAGGAGGAGAGGCAGCUCCAGGCAGCAGCAGCACAAAGAAAGAAGAGAAGAUUCUUAACAACAACACUAACAGCAGCCCCCCACCGAACCCCGGCUUAUCGCAGGCCCCGGCCUCCCUCCAGCCCUCCCACAGCCAGGACCAGCAUCAUUUUCUGAGGUCCAGUGUCAGACCUCAGAGCAAGAGGCUGAAGAAGGAUUCUCAGGCAUCCUCUUCGAUUGGCAGCAGCACUGCUGCAAAAGGCAAAGCAGCAGAUAAUGGAGGGACUGCAUCUGGUGGCGCAUCAGCAAUUCCUCCCAGCAAUCCUGCUGGGAAUUCCAAGUCAGCAGCAAGGAACCUGGGUUCCUCGGCUGGAGAGAAGGAGGAAGGAAAGAAGGUCAGACGGCAGUGGGAAUCAUGGAGCACAGAGGACAAAAACACUUUCUUCGAGGGACUGUAUGAGCAUGGGAAAGACUUUGAAGCAAUCCAGAACAACAUUGCCCUGAAAUACAAGAAGAAAGGCAAACCAGCAAGCAUGGUGAAGAAUAAGGAACAGGUCCGCCAUUUCUACUACCGCACCUGGCACAAGAUCUCCAAGUACAUUGACUUUGAUAAUGUGUUUUCUCAAGGGCUGAAAAAAUCCUCCCUGGAGCUUUAUGGCUUAAUCUGCUAUGGGGAACUAAGGAAAAAGAUCGGGGGAUGUAUGGAUGACAAGAAUGCAGCUAAACUCAAUGAGCUCAUUCAAGCCGGGGCUACAACUGUUCGUUACAAAGGCAGAAACCUUCGUAUUAAAGCUCCGAUGUGCAGGGCUUUGAAGAAACUCUGUGAUCCAGAUGGUGUUAGUGAUGAAGAGGACCAGAAGCCAGUACGUCUUCCUCUCAAGGUCCCUGUGGAGUUGCAGCCAAGAAAUAAUCAUGCAUGGGCUCGAGUACAGAGCCUUGCCCAGAAUCCACGGCUUAGGAUGAUUGUGGAGUUACAUCGGAAGGUCUCCAGCCUCAUAGAGUUCCUGAAGCAGAAGUGGGCCCUCCAUGAAGUGCGUAUUCGUAAAACACUAGAAGAACGGCAGCUUCAAGACUCUAGAGACUCAGAAACAAGAGGCAGCUUCUCAGAGGAGAAAGUGAUGCUCCAUCUCUUUCCAGGAGAGAAUUGUACCCUCACUCCGCUGCCAGGGGUAGCCAGAGUGGUGCACUCCAAGGCUUUCUGCACAGUGCAUUGGCAGGAAACUGGCAAAUGCAAACAGAACACAAAAGACUCUCACUUACUGCCCCCUGCACAAAUCCUAGGGAUACAGAGUGGUCAGGGGACAGCAAGGGGACAGCUAAAAUACACGCGGGGAACAGAAGGUAAGGGUGUUGGAAGGGCAGAGAGCACUACAGAGUCAAGCAGAACCUCUCAGCAUGCAGCUGAAGUUUCUGCAAGCACUGAAGAUGGCAGCCCAGAGCCUGGCCUGGUAGAAGGAACAGCCUCAAGUCUUGGCAUCGCUAGUUGUCUCCAAAAACCACCUUCUGGACUUCAAGAUCCAGGAGGGAACCAUGAAAAGCUGAGCUCGGUGGCCUUCUGUGUGGAGGGCAGGGAGGCCCUGGCUAGUGACCAAGCAGCUGUGCUACCAUCAUGCACCACAGCUUGUGCUUGCAGUAAGAUUCCUGAUGUGGAGGAGCUCUCUCUGCUCGAUCCAUUCCCACGGUACAUGAAGUCCUGUCAGGACCUGAUCGUCCCAGAGAAAUGUUCUUGCACAGACAAACUGCAUGGGAGAGACUCUACUCCAGCAGCUGAUGAUUCUUCUCCUGUGGCUUUUCCAAGUGGGAGGAGCACGGAGACGUCUGACUCCUGUUCACAGCUACUGAGAGGUGGUGUGGCUUCACCUGGCAGUGGCCCAUCCAGAUACGAAACUCAGGCUAGCCACAGCCAGGGCCAGCAGCUUGAUGCUUGUACCAAGGAUAUAACAGAUGCAGUAAUGGAGGAUUCUCAAGAGAAGCUGGGCUCCUCAUUUCCACCUCCACCUCAGGGACAAUCUAGUACAAAGUCUCUCAAGGAUGACCCAAGCCGGCUCUCUCAACAGGUUAGAGAAGAAGGAUGGAGUCUACGAACUUCUGAGAGCCUUACGCUGGCUGAAGUCUACCUCAUGAUGGGCAAACCGAACAAGUUGCAGCUGGAAUAUGACUGGCUGGCUGUCUUGGAGCCAGAAACCCAGGAUGCUAGGGAGCAAACAUCUGAGUCAAGUGCUGUUCCUGCAUGUACCACCUUUCACAAGCAGAGACUCCUAAACUGCCUUUUAAAACUCAUCUCUACUGAAGUCAAUCCCAAACCAAUGCCCGAGAUGAGCUCUGUUGCCACGUCACCUAUAAAGCCUGCUCAAGAGGAACAGUCACUGACUCCUCCGGGAAAGGUGAUUGCCAUCAGCACCAGGAGUCCUGGCUGUGCACGAAAUCAAUCUGCCCUUCGCAACAACAAGACUUUUUCUCCUGGUGCUGCUUCCAGCUCCUCAGGUUUGAGAAAUCUCCCUAGACCUCUCUUGGUGGCUGGUCCUUCAAGUUCUGGAAGCGCUGAUGCUGAUGGUGGACUCUUCGCUGUUCCUACAACUCUGCCACCCAACAGCCGCCAUGGGAAACUGUUCUUGCCUAGCAAAGAAGCAGAACUGACCUUCCGGCAGCACUUAGACACAAUCAGUAUGCAGUCGGACUUCUUCUUGCCAAAGCCAAGGAAGUUACGGAACAGGCACUUGCGGAAGCCGUUAGUAGUACAGGUCAGAACGAUUUGCAAAGUGUGA